CAAGUAAGUCCGUGCUACAUGUACGCCUACUCCGUUUUGGAAAUCCAUGGGAUUACGCCUGCCGCCUUUCGUGUAGUUUCUGCACAAUGUCACCGACACUACGGCCUGUUCUAGGACUGCCAGAGCCCGACAUGUGAUUUUGCAUGACUUGCCUCUGAGUUGUACCGACUGUGCUCACACGUAGACGGGCGCGUCGUGGGAGUUCUCGGUGUUUCACCACAGGGGACAUGCACGUGGGCCGUUUGGAAGAAGUUAAGCCAUGAAGUACUUGCUUGAUAUUGUAGUUUAGUUUUCAGAUGUCGUGACAACAUACUAUUAGGCUUAUAGAAGUCAUUUGGGCAUCGUGCCAUCGCCACAGGAGGUCUUUGAAGACGUACAGCUCACCACCGAUAAAAGAUAGGCAUUGCUAUACAGCUGCAUUCCGAAUGAUCGUUUGGACGCACAUCCUGGUUGCACAACGUCCUGAUAACACACAGUCAAUGCAGCUGGUUACAAACCUUAUAGGACAAGCAGCCAGCUACAACAAAACUCUUGUGCUAGUAAAGACGUGAAAAAGAGUUGUUAAAACUCUCAAAAUGUGCAUAAAUUAUGCUCAAAUGAAAAAUCAAAGAACUAUGGCAUGGACACUGGUGCUGGGAAUGUUGUUGCUGCUGAGAUUUCCUUCGCUGACGGAUGGCACAAGCUUAGAAUGCACUACCGAGACAGCUGACAACAUUUGCGAGGUGUCUAAGGAACUCUUCAGAAAAUUUUCUAAUGACUUAGACUGGGAGAUGCGCAUCCUUAAAGACGCAGAGACAGACAAGAUACUCCUGGAGAGGCUCACAGAGACUUACCGGAACGUGUCGGAGGAAGUUCAAAUGUGGGCAGCCAGGAUGACCAAGGACACAAGAAAAGCGAUAAUGGACUCAAUGCCGAUAGAUUUCUUGGCGGAGAAGAUUGCAGUGUAUAGCAUUUCUACCAAGAACAGCGCCGCCAUGAUGGAGAAGCGGUCGGGCUCGGUACUGCAGCGAGGCCAGAGGCUGAAGGACAGGAGAGACCGUUUGGUUGCUGACCUGGAGGAACACCUGUAUGAUACCAGAAGAACGCUCCGUCAAUCCCGCCAGGAGUUAUACGCAAUGCAGGCCGGGAAGGUCGCCAACUUCAACCCCAUUCUAAGAAGGGCGUACUCGGAAAAGGUGGCAGCUGAGAAAAUACAAGAUGAUUCUAAAAGCUGGGUCAUCACCAGAAUAAGGAACAGACAGUUAGAAUUUACAAAGAGCCUGGAUGACCUGGCACAACAGGUAGAUAGAGCGGAUGAAAAGGUGAGAAUAGCGGAGCAGCUGAACGCAGCUAACGCCGACCGGCCACGUAGGGACCUGAUGAACACGGUACACGCGGAGGGGAACAGUCUCAUCGCUGCAGUCAGCGCCGCCCAGCGGGUCAGAGAAGACGUGCAGAAGGCCCUGGGCGACGCAAAGGCGUUAAAGAACAUCUUAAAGAACAACUCCAGACAGACUGUGGCCACCAUCGCUAUGUACGAGCGUAUGGAGGAAGUGGGGGACUUGUCGGUCUUGGAGAACCAGACAGAAGCGGCAAAACAGCACGCCGAGUACCUGAUGAACAAAACCAAAGACAUAGAGUGGCUGAGAUCAAGUGGAGGAAUUGUAUCCCAGAAGGCAUUGCAGGCCCUGAUGACGUAUCGGAACGUUGCGGACAUGAUAAGGGAGGCGGACAAGUUCUCAGCAGCAGCCCUCACGUUCGAGAAUAUCUCUGAUAUCACAUUACGCAACCCAAAGCGAAGAAGUCACGUCUGGAAGAACCAUGCCCUCGGCCGGAAGUCCGCAGUUGACCACGGACUGAAGCCCCGUGUAGACGCCUUGAUGGAGAGGACUGCGUCUAUGACAUGGAAGCUGCACAGCGGCAGGGACCAACUGAAAAACAUGGAGGCAGCUCUCAACCGGUGCAGAAGCCCGGACCCACCCAUCUACCGGAAAAAGAAGAUAAACAGGAGCAAGAGGAAAGUCGCUCGGGCGAACGCUGCAAUCGAAGACAUCAUUUCAGGAAAAUACUUGGUUGACGCUGGACUGUCAGAGCAUGCUAGAAGUGUUAGUGACUUGGAGGAGGCACUGCGAUGGUCUGAGCGACAUUCUAUCAAGGAGGAUCUUGCUGACAUUAAGAGCAAAUUAAGCAACAUGCAUUCAAGCAUCGCAGAAGCGAAGGAGAUCAAGGAGGAUCUACAGGUGCACUUCGCCUACACUAGCUCUGUUGUGGACAAGGACAGAGUCACCGAGAGCAUCAAGGCCAUCCAGGACAUGAUUAGGAAGGCUCGGUACAAGGCUGCGCAGAUCUCCAUCCCGAUGAACUUCGGGCGGACCAGCGUUGCCAGUCCGCACGGUACGGCGGUCAGGUUGGAGCAGCCGGAAGUCCUUGAGAACCUGUCCAACCAUAAGAACUACUUCACUCUGUCACUGGACGUCAAACCCGGGGACCGGGAUGGGACAAUGUUGUUCAUUGGAGAUCCCAAGAAUGCCACAGGGGAUUACUUUGGGCUGGAGUUGGUAGCCGGGAAGGUGCGUGCGUCCUUUGACCUGAGCGGCGGGUCUGGCCGCUUCUUCGUGUCCGCCUACCGUACCAACCUGGCACUGCACAGCUGGUGCAACAUCAAGGUCGAAAGAGUUGGUAAUUUUGCCAAGGUCAGGGUAGAGUCCGACUCCACAAACCUGGAGACUUCCGGAACUGACGGGUCCAACUACAUCCUGUUUGACCUCCCGGAGGAUGCUGGGAUAUGGGUCGGAGGCGUGCCAGAGGGCUCAAACCUUCCUGAAAAUAUGGCUUUGGGUGGAAAAAGCUUCACCGGAAAUAUUGACAACCUGAAGAUUGGAGAGAUUCCCAUCAGCCUCUGGAACUUCCGGGAUAACUACAAGUUGAUGUCUCCUACUAUCAAGCCCGACAGGAAAAUGAAAGCCUCUAAGUCCUACCGGAGUGUUUAUCUUGACGGCAGCUCCUUCAGCUACACCAACCCCGACGUGACGUCUUCUGUCGACAUCUUCAAACAGGAGAACAUCGUGCAGAUGAUGAUCAGGCCUGUCAGCGAGGAAGGGCUUCUCUUCUUCCUGGGAGACAAGUCAUACUACAUCUCUCUGGAGCUGCUCGCCAACAGACUUGUGGCCAAGACGAAGUUGGGCAGCGGCGACCCUCCCGCAGUGGUGCAGUCUGAUAACACCGUCACAGACAUGCGCAAUCAGCUGUCCAUAGGGUUCAUACAGAUCACCGUGUUGACCAACACCGCCACGCCCCAGUGUGGCGGACUCGUCUCUCAGCGGUUUCUGGCUCUCAUCACGAACCAGGAUGUGAAGUGUGUGGAGAUGGAACUGCCGCCUAGCGAAGAAGCCUCGCAGGAAAUCGGCAGCCAGGCGUACAUCGGAGGUCUCCCACCGUCAUUACGGCCUGAUGAGAUAUCAUCCAAGGUAUACGAAGGAUGUGUGAUGAACCUGCACAUACAGCGGAUGUACAGGCAGAUAGAAAUCUUCAACGGUGGCAUCAUAGGUGGCUGUCCGUCCUUGGUCCAGGAGCUUCAUUUCAUCAACCCGGACACGAACUACCUGCAGAUGGCCUGGGUGAGCGGGCGGUCCGUAUACCGCAACUUUGACGCCACCUUCGCGUUCCGGACAGAGGCGGACAGCGGUCUGAUGGUGUACGUGAAUGGGGAGACGGAGAAAAAUUCGUGGGCCGUGUCUAUGACCAACGGAAGUGUCAUAUUUGCGAUGUUCGGGGAUCCAUCAGGUGAAGCCACAAGGCUGGAGAGUCUCUCUCGUUAUGACGAUGGGCGGGAACACUAUGUCAGGGUCUCCAAGGAAGGCACGAGAUUGACUAUGCAGAUUGAUGACAAAAGGGACAUCCCUGCCACUGAAGUGGAGGAUGCCCUGCUGCAGACCCCACAGCUUCUGCUAGGGGGCGUCGCUCCUGAAAUGGCUCCCUUGACGACAGGUCCGACAUGGCUCGUGGACAGUAACGACCGAUUUGUCGGAUGCAUGAAGCAUUUGCUUGUCUCAUAG